AUGGAUUUAGUUAAUUUUAUUACCACUGCUUUCACAGAGAAAUCGAAAGAAAUCGAAGAAACUCAAAGAAAGAUAGCGGAAGUCACAAACGACUACAAUAAUAAUAUUAAACUAGUUCAGCAAAGAGAUGAUAUAAUUCGCCAACUAAAAGCAACUCUUGCUCAAACAGAAAAACACAAUAAAACUGUUAGUCAAAGCAUAAAUAAGACAGAAAAACAAUCGAAACAAUAUGAAAUCCGUGCAAAACAACUAGAACAAAGAAUUCAAGAAUUAAUGAAAGAAGUUGAAGAAAAAUCAAACAUUCUUACAGAGCGACAACAUCAACUUAGUCAAGCACAAGACGAAUACUCACAAAAAAGGCAAAUGCGCGAUUUAGAAAACCAUAAACGACUUACUGAAUAUGAAAAUCAGAAGCAAACUAUAUCAUCGAACUACCAAGCUGCUCAAAAUAAAAUACUUGAACUCCAAUCAUUUGCGAGGAAGAUGAGAAACACAGCAGCAAUCGAAAUUGACAAAAAAGCAUCACAACAUUCUCUGAAUUGCGAAAGACAAAGAAAUAUGAACCUUAAAAUACUUAAAGUAAACGAAGAGCUUUCCGAUACAUAUGCAAAAAAAGUCCAAGAAGCAGAAUCAUCCAUUAGAAAUUCAUAUAACGAACUUCAAGUAAUUCGUGACGAGUUACAAAGAUCAGAACAAGAGAAGGUAGAUGCUUACGAAAAUAACAUUCAAUAUCUUAAAACUCAUCUUACUGAACUUAGUAAUCAAAAUACAAUUUUAACCGAAAAACUUCAACAGAUAACGCAACAAAGAGAAGCACGAGAAAGCAUUAUAGAAGAUUUAAGAGUUCAGUACUCAAAUUUUGAUGGUGCUCUCAGUGAACAAGAGAAAAAUACAAGAUUGAAAAUAAAAAAGAAAGCGCGAAUUAUAAAAGAAGGAAAAGAACAGAAUAUACUAAUGCAAAAGCAAGAAGAGAGUCUCAAACUUGAAAUCCAAAGUUUAAAAGAAAAAAUUUUCUCAACACAAGCUGAAUCACAAAGAAUACAAGAAAAGAUAUCAAAAAUGAUGACUGAAUGCCAAGAAAAACGAGCAGAAGCUAAAAAGAUAACAGAAAACCAAGUUAAAAAAAGAGAUGAUUUGAUUUCUGUAUUCCAAGAUAUAUCAAACCAAGAAUCAGCAUUAAAAGAUCGAGUAAGAAAUGCGUCACAAGAAUUAAAACGCCAAAUUAACGAACAAAAGCGAGUUUCUGAUAAAAUGAAAAAUUAUCGAAACAUGAUUCAUACAUUACAAGGGGAAAUUGUUCGUCUAAGAACUUUAAUUAAGCCAUCAAUCUCAUCAUUUGCUGUUAAACCAGGCGAAGGAUCAUCUGAAGUUACAAAUGAAAAGAAUCCAGUGGUUUCUGAAGAAAAGAAACCAAUAGUAGUAACAGAGGAAGACACAUACGGACUGUCUCAAAACAGAUUAGAUAUUAGUGACCUUCCUUCUCUCCAUUUUUCAGAUGAUGACGAAAAUGAUGAAAGCAAAAUAAUUGAACAACAAAUAGACGAAAUGAGAGUCCAAGUAAUGGACAUGAAGAAGAUAGUAGAUGAAAAAAUGGAAGAUUUGGAAACGAAGCGUAAGGAUGUUGAAGAAUUAAAGAAUUCGGAAGAACUAGUAAAUCUUAAACAAAAGAAUGAAGAAUUAAAACAAAAAAUGGAUAAUUUUAAUCAGAUGAAAGAUGAUAUAGAAAAAAUCAAUAAAAGCCGCAAAUCGGCUUUCAAUAAAUAA